AUGGAACGACUUCUACGCCCUCCCCGGUUCGAGGUGGACCCUGACUCUGCCCAGGCCGCCAAGGAGUGGACACACUGGCUGAGGACAUUUACAAACUUCGUUCAAGCAGUGCAGCUGACUACCCCUACGCUUGACAAACUGGUUCUUCUCACUAACUAUGUGGCUCCUAGUGUGUAUGACUUUGUUUCUGAGUGUGAGACUUAUGAGAAGGCUGAAGAGGUUCUGACAUCUUUGUACGUGAAACCAAAGAAUGAAAUAUUUGCCAGACAUUACUUGCUACUCGCAGGCAAAACUCAGGCCCGCACUCUGGAAAUGGCCCAGAAGCAUUCAGCCUCCUACUCUUCAGCAGAACCUGUCAAUGCUGCUGUGUCAGCAGUGAAUCGAGAGGAGGAAUCAUCUAGUGCUGAAAAUAACAGUGAGUCUGUUUCUGCUGCUACUUCUGGUGCUCGAUGUUUUUUUUGUGGGAACAACCGGCAUCCCCGGACUCAGUGUCCUGCUAAAGACGCAGUGUGUUUGAAAUGUAAGAAGCAAGGGCAUUAUGCUAGGGUGUGCCGCUCUGUGAAACAGGUGAGUGGCUCUUCUAGCCCAAAAUAUUCUGCAGCAAUGCUAGCUUCAAUAGUGGGGGCCUCCCCUAAGUGUCUUGAAAAAUCCAUAACACCUCUCAAGCUUAAUGGUAGCUCUGUCAGUGCCCUUAUUGAUACUGGGAGUUCAGACAGCUUUGUGCGUCAUGAUGUAGUGGACCUAAACAACUAA